AUGUACGCCAACGAACCCCUCCCACUUUCAGCAGUGGAUCUUCAGGUAGCCCCCGACUCCCGGCCCUCCCACACAGUCAAGACCUUCCCUCUCGGAGCCCCCAUUCCAUCCGCCCCACACGCCGUCUCCGUGUCACUCCCCACAUGGCAAGCAAACGUCGGGUACGAGGAAGGCGACCCGGAGAUCAUUACAAAGCUGCGGAGCGGCUACCCUCGUUUUGUCUACCAUGCAAGCGUAAAGAGGCUGACCGCGGUCUGCGAAGCCAAGUUUGCGAAAGAUGGCGAGGCGUGUCUGGUGUACCUCUGCCGACGAGCCGCGGAGGAGUUCAGGAGGUUCUUCAAACACCGAUAUUCCUUCGAGACCAAAGCGGGCUGCAGCAGCGACGAUGAGAAUGCGAAUGGAUUAACAGCCAACUUAAAAGAACCCCCCGUCCGGAUCGCAGAACUUACCAUCUCGCCCACCACCUCCGCCGACUCUGUAUUUUCCCACGACCCGCGUCUGACCACCAUCGCCGAUACCGCGCCUUGCGUCCUGCACGUCGCCGUCUUUCCGGGCUGCGAGACAGGACGCAAGGUGGCCAAACAGUUCUGGCAACAUUCCGGCGAAGGUAUCUCUAGCCGCUUCGCAGAACACUGUCUAUACGUACUGGAAGCCAAUCAGAAAUCGAAAGGAUUUGCCAUCGCCGGGUAUGCCCAAGGGUUGAGGGGAGCAGGCGCGAGGCAUUACAGGAAGGAUGAGUAUACGCCUGAACGGCAGCAUCAUCUGGUGACUGUGGCGAGGCAGGACGCUGCGAAUAACGAACAUCACCUGUACGUCGAGGAGCGGUUCGGACGGAGCCUGGAUUUCCGAACUGCAGCUGAGGCCAAAACGAUCAUCAAGAAGCGUAUUGCUGGAGUCCUGGGAGACGCUGAAGAGCUGUUCCAGGAUGGUGAGCCAUUAACUGAUGGCGUUCAUACCAGCAACGGCAAUGUUGUCGACACGCCAAGCGUCAACCUCAAAGAAUCCGACGUAUUUCUCUUCCCCUCCGGCAUGAGCGCCAUCUACAACGCCCACCGCCUCGUCCUGCACCUCCACCCCAACCGCAAAUCCGUCCAAUACGGCUUCCCCUACCUCGACACCCUCAAAAUCCAAGAAAAGUUCGGCCCAGGCUGCAUCUUCCUCGGCCACGGCGACACCGCCGACCUCGACGCUCUCGAGCACUCCAUCCUCCCCACAACACCCAUCUCCGCCGUCUUUUGCGAGUUCCCGUCCAACCCGCUCCUUCGAACGCCGGACCUUACCCGUCUGCGCCGUCUGGCAAACGCGCAUAACUUCCUGAUCGUCGUCGACGAGACAAUCGGCAAUUUCCUCAACGUGUCCCCGAUUCUAUGGGCAGACAUCCUCGUCUCCAGCCUCACCAAGAUCUUCUCCGGCGACUCCGACGUCAUGGGCGGGUGCGCGGUGAUCAGCCCUAUAACGCCGCACUACGAAACCUUGGUAGCGACCAUGCGAUGCCUGUACGAGGACACGAUGUGGUGUGAGGACGCGGUGGUGCUGGAGCGGAAUUCGAGGAGUUUCAGAAAGAGGAUUGAGAGGAUUAAUGCGACUGCGGAACGGUUGUGUGAUUACUUGAAGGGGUGUGAGGGGGUUGUGGAGGUGCAUUAUCCGAAGUUUGUGGAUAGGGAGUUGUACGAGCGGCAUGCGCGGGUCGUCCCGGGGACCACAGCAUCAUCAUCCACCGCCGCCGACUGCCCACCACCUUCCCCAAUCAAAAACUACGGCUACGGCGGCCUCUUCUCCCUCUCCCUCUCCACCCCAGCACUUGCAAUCGCUUUCUUCGACGCCCUCCAAGUCGCCAAAGGCCCAUCGCUUGGCACUAACUUCACCCUGGCGUGCCCGUACACACUGAUCGCGCACUACGGCGAGCUCGAGUGGGCGGAAAGUUACGGCGUGCCAAAGCAUCUGGUUCGGGUUAGUGUGGGGUUGGAGGAGGCGGAGGUGUUGAUCGGGAUUUUUGAGAGGGCUUUGAGGGAGUCGUCUAUAUGUACAUGA